CAGAUCGGUCAGGCCGUUCCGGACGAUGCAUGGCUGACAAACGUGUCCCUGGAUGACGAAGGUGACCUGACCAUCGAAGGGAAUACGACCAACGAGGCGAGCAUCUUUGCCUACGGCGAAGAGGUGGGGCAAUUCGACUUCGUGCAUCGAGCCACCGUCGACGGUGCCGUUCCGUCGAAUACGAAGUCGGGACCGGCGAUCAAGUUCACCAUUCACUGCGACAUUGACGAUUGGGAAGAGCAUCCACACGCUUUGAUGGUCGGCAUAAUCGUAACUUUUGUGGUAGCACUUGUGACGCUUAUUCCGGCCGCCGAUGAAUAUUCGGCAUUACGAGAACGAUCGGAGGAAGUCGCGCGCCUGCUAGAGCAGGGAACCAACGACCGCGACGGACUAGCUUUGAUCCAAGCCAAACAUGCCGAAAUUCAGGAGACGCUCAAUCAGCAUCAAGAGCGAGCCAUCGACGAAGACCGAGCCCACGAGGUUCGCCAGUCGCUGGUUCAUUUUGCUCGGGGAUCGAAUUGCCACUUGCGGCGAGUUGAUCUUGGCCCGGUGCGUGUUCGUCACUGGCACGAACAGGAUCAUCCUGUGCAAGCCGUUUCGACCGCCAAGCGAGGCAAGAAGACCGACUUCCGCUUGGAAGUUCGCGAACUUCGCCUGACGAUGACCGGCGAGAUGCACGAGAUUGAGAGUUUUCUGGAGAAGUUCGAGACGCUGGAUGUUCAAAUGAACUUGCAGCAAAUGAACCUGCGAGCGUUGGAUGCCAACGGCGACCAGGUUCAACUGGAACUAGCGCUGCAAUUAUCGCUUUGCCCUCGGCUUAGCGUCUGUCUGCUGCGCGGCGGUUUGCUGUGGGCUAUCGCAAUGGUUUGCCUGGGCGUCGGUGUUGGUCAUGUUUCUGCCGAAGGCAUCAGUCCCCGCAUUCAAUCUGCUUUGAAGCAGCGCGGAGAUUUGACGCUGCGAGAAACAAGCCUGCCGCACGCACUGCAAACAAUCAGCGAGAUUUGGAACAUCAACGUCGUGCUGGGAAGCAAAGUGGAAGGGACCAUCAACGGAACCUUCCGCGACGCCCCGCUGUACGACAUUCUCGAUUCGAUACUGCUGCUCAACGGCUAUGGCUACCGCCCCGUCGGCGAUAGUCUGGUGAUCGUUCCGCAAACCGAACUGGGAACGGCCAAUCCCAUGUUCCGUUCCGAGACGAUUCCGCUGAAACAUGCCAGUGCCGUAGAGAUUAUUCCGGCGCUGGAGUCCCUUCGCUCGCGGGGUGGAUCGAUUCAGGCGAUUGCUUCGGCGAAUAGCCUGGCAGUGGUCGACUAUCCCCAUCACGUUCAGAUGAUUCGGGAGGCGGUUGCCAAUAUUGAUCGCGUUGCCGCUGCAUCUGGUGCCGCUCCUGGCACGCGGAUCAUUACUGACGUCCUCAAUUUUCGGCCUGAAUAUAUCGACGCGAAAAGCUUGCUGGAAGCGAUCCAGUCGUUGAUUAGCGCCGAUGGGCGUGCAGCGGUCGUAGACUCCGAGAACCAAGUCAUCGUCAUCGAUCGACCCGAGAACCUGCGCAUGAUCGAGAGCAUGCUGCGGCGGCUGGACGUGCCGAAACCGCAAGUUCGCAUUACGGCGCUGAUCUACGAUAUCGACUUGGACGACAUGGAAAACCUGGGCGUAAACUGGAGCACGUUUUUCAAAGGGCGAACGCUGGCAGACGGAACGACCGAGAACCUGUUCGGGAUCGAGUCGGCGAUUGCAAUUCCUGCGGCGGCAAGCGAUCCGACUGGGGUGAUGACGUUUCAAACGCUGAGCAGCGGGUUCGACUUGAAGGCAGUGAUUGACGCCGUCCGGCAAAUGGACGACUCUCGUUUGCUCGCGGAUCCGAACGUGGUCGUGGUGGACCGAGAAAGAGCGCUGAUUCAGAUCGUUACUGAAAUUCCUUAUCAGCAGCUGACGCAGACGUCGGCAGGGGGGAAUAUUGGGACCACCGCGUUUCGAGAAGCAGGCGUCAUGCUGACGGUGACUCCUCGAAUUGCCGCGGACGGGACAAUCGAAAUGGAUGUGGUGCCGACGUUCAGCCGGCUAACAGGUUUUAGCGAAGGUCCUAACCGUCAGCCAAUUAUUGAUAAGCGAGAAACGAGCACCACCGUGCGUGUCGCCGAUGGCCAAGUGUUGGUGAUCGGUGGUCUUCGUCAGCGAAUCGAUAUCAGUAACGACAACGGGAUUCCUUACUUGAAGGAUCUCAAGUAUGUCGGCAAGCUGUUUCGCUAUCGCAGCACUCAGGUUCGGGAAAGUGAACUGGUCGUCUUUCUGCGAACCGAGAUUCUGCCGUUCCCGACACAAGACUUGAACUGCCGACAAAUCGAUGCGUACGAAGAAAGCUAUGCCAAGUUGGACGCGGUCCCACAGGCAUCGCAGUACCCUUGGCCCAAGCUAAGUCCGCCACCGCCAGGCAAGCGGCCGACAUCUUUCGGACCAGAUCCCCGGCGGCAAUUGGCUCCAGGGGCAGUUCCACCGCAAGGCAUGCCUCCCCACGGAAUCGCGCCGCAGGGGAUGCCGCCUCAAGCGAUGCCAGAAGGGGAAUAUCAGGUUCCGCCGCAAAUGAUGCACGAGGAACCGAUUCAAUCGCCGUCCCAACGGAUGCCGGUAUACGAAUCGCACGUGAUUCGGCGAUUUCCGAUGGUGCGUUAG